AUGAUCGUGACGAUGCAGAUGGUGGUGGCCAUGGUCGUCGAGUUUGCCUCGGACAUCCAGUGCCUCUGCGACGAGGUAGUCAACCACAUCCUUGACUUCGGCGAUACCAAGGAGGCACUGGAGGACAACGGUAGAGGAGUUGGACGUGCUGUGAACAAGUUCCGCAGAUGUGUGGACAUGUGUGAGAAGCUGAUCAAGUCCAUCACAACGAGCUCCAAGUUUCCCUGUGAGUGGAAGAAGUACAAGAUGGUUCUGUUCGAGAACUGCGGAGAGGAAGGAGCUUCUGAAGUCUUCUGCGUGAACGAAGCAACUGGUUUCAGCCUGAUCUGCGAAUAUCUCGGAUACUUCCUGGUGUUUGUCGUUGGAUCCUUCAACUCCAUUCGUGCCAUCGAGACCAAGGGCGGAGACGACGACAGACAAUGGCUGACGUUCUGGGUGAUCUACUUCAUCUUCUCAAUGGUGGAGAGAUUCUCUUCGGUUCUUCUGUCCCGCCUGCCCGUCUACUAUGAAGUGAAGCUUCUGCUCGUCAUCUGGCUGUUUCCUCCCUUCUACGGGGCAAGAUGGUGUUACGUGACAAUCCAUCGCACGUUCUCCACCCUUCGCAAUCAUUGGCUGAUAAGAUAUGCGUUAUCCUCUAUGCUCGUUCGCUUCUAUGGCAUGUCGAAGGAAACGGCCAUCGAGUAUGUUCUUCGUAGCAGGCAGGAGGUCAAGGAUCAGCUGCUAGUUCAGUCCUUUGUUGAGAACGCUCUUGACAAGGCAAGCAAGGACGACAGGUUUGAUUCAAGGGUCCUGUCAGAGUUUGAAGGCUUGAAGAACGCAUACCCGUCGUAUUGGGCAAGUCUUGAGCACGGCCUCGUCCUCCAAGGUGAAGCGCGGGAGGUGCUGGAAGGAACUGACCUGCUGAUCGCAGCAACAAUCGAAGCUCGGCAGCCCGUGAAGAGCAGCCAGGACAAGGAGGCGGCGGAAAAGUACCUGGAGGACCUGAAGAGAGUGAUCAGAGUGGAGAGAAGCAUCGGCGAGGCCCUCGACCUCGCGCAUGAGACGGUCAUCUCUAGAGCCAAGAAGAUGAUGGAGUCGAAGAUCCAAGAGCUCUCCCUGCUCCCAGAUUCUCCGUGCACUGAGGAGGGUAAAAACUUCCCUCGGAUGGAUUCCACCGCCUUUGGAGGAUACGCUGAUCCAUAUGUCAAGCUCACCCUGAGGAACGAAUAUCCUCUGGACGAGGGAGGAGUAGGGAGGAGUGGGCUGCUGAAGACCCAGUCUGGAAUCAGAGGAUGGAGAUUACCCUGGUCUCGGGCUCGGUACCUGCCCUUGCUGCCCAUGUCGGAAGAGGUGGACUACGAGGGGAUCUGGUGCAACGUCGCUGCUCCCUUCCACGUCCUUUGCGUGGAGGUGUGGGAUCGGGACUUUCCGAGGUUCCUCAAUGGCGAGAGGAUCGCAUCCUUGGAGAUCCCGCUGGCGAGACUGAUGGAUGGGCGUUCGCACAUGCACUGCAUUUCCUUUCCAUGGCCAGAGAGCGCUCGGCAUCACAGCGAGCUGAGAGUCUUUGAGCAGAGCAAUGACGACAAGGGCACCAUCUCCAUCAAACUCCAAUGGAUCAGCUAA